UAGAUAGCACGUCUCCGACCACGACUUGGUCAUUUACUCAUCAUGGCGGCCCCCAUAGCUCUCAUUCAAGGUGCCAGCAGAGGACUGGGACUCGCGUUCUGUAAACAUAUUCUGAACAACAAGCCGCUCGCUUCCGUUGUAGCGACAUGCAGAAACCCGAACGGGGCCGACGAGCUGCGCGGGCUGGUCGGACAACACCCGGACAGACUGACGGUGUUGAAGCUGGACGUGAACCAGGAGGAGGACAUCCGCGGGGCUGCAGAGCGGGUGAAGGAGGCCUUUGGGAGGCUGGAUCUCCUCGUCAACUCCUCUGCUAUGCUUCACCCGUCUGGGAAAGGAGAGACGAGUCUGAGGGACGUUUCUGCACAGGGAAUCAUUUCUACUUUGACAACCAACACCGUGGGUCCCUUGGUCAUGGCCAAAUAUUUCUCCCCCCUCCUCCUGAAAGGUUCUGGUGGUUUUGGUCAACAGCCUUCAGAGAAAGCAAAGCAGCACAGCGGUAUCAUAAUCAACAUAACAGCUAAAGUGGGCUCCAUUGGAGACAAUGGACUCGGAGGCUGGUACAGCUACCGAAUGUCCAAAGCAGCUCUGAACAUGGCGACCAGGAAUUUGUCCAUAGAGCUGGGCCGCAGUCGACCAAAGGUGGUGUGUGUGUCUUUACAUCCAGGAACUGUGAACACAGACCUCUCCAGGCCUUAUCACAAAAACGUUCCAAAGGACAAACUGUUCAGUUCUGAACACUCUGUGAACUGUUUAAUGAGCAUCAUAAACUCACUAAGUAUUGAGAAAACUGGGAAGGCGUACAGCUGGGAUGGGGCUGAACUUCCUUGGUAGAAUAACAGUCUGGAGAAAAAAAACAAGACUGUGUAAGAAAAGUGUCCUGAGACGAGCUGGAUGUCUGAAAUGCAAGAACUGAAGUAGGAAUGAAAACAGACCUUUCGUCCUGCCUUAAAAAUAUCAUAAAUGUCCUCAUCUUGUUAUUUCGUUUCAAGGAGAGCAAAUUAUUUUAUGCUAAAGGAAAAAAAAAUAAAAACUGGAAAUGAAAAGGUAAAAAAAAGUGGAAUCCCCAGCCUCUAAUUUUUAUUAAUCAAAAUACUAUGGAGGAAUGGGGGAGAAAGCUGCAGAAAUCAACAUGUUUUAUACUGUUACAUGCUAUUUACAUCUAAAAAAUAAUUCAGAUUGGAUUGAAAUGAUUAAACGGAUCUUCUGUAAACACCAGAUACCUCGUUUUUAAAGUCUUUAUAUAGAAUGGAUUCUGUGUUUCAUUUUUAUAAUUGUAAUCUUUGGAUGUAUGCAAUACCGCAACAUGCCACAAGAGGGAGGUAUUAACAGAAUCAUGUACUCAUUAAAACAAGCUGGAAGUUUGAA